AUGGAGGUCACACGUCACAUGAUCACAGCGCACACGGAGCUCACACGUCACAUGAUCACAGCGCACAUGGAGCUCACACGUCACAUGAUCACAGCGCACAUGGAGCUCACACGUCACAUGAUCACAGCGCACAUGGAGCUCACAUGUCACAUGAUCACAGUGCACAUGGAGCUCACACGUCACAUGAUCACAGCGCACAUGGAGCUCACACGUCACAUGAUUACAGCGCACAUGGAGCUCACACGUCACAUGAUUACAGCGCACAUGGAGCUCACACGUCACAUGAUCACAGCGCACACGGAGCUCACACGUCACAUGAUCACAGCGCACACGGAGCUCACACGUCACAUGAUCACAGUGCACACGGAGCUCACACGUCACAUGAUCACAGCGCACAUGGAGCUCACACGUCACAUGAUCACAGCGCACAUUGAGCUCACACGUCACAUGAUCACAGCGCACAUGGAGCUCACACACCACAUGAUCACAGUGCACAUGGAGCUCACAUGUCACAUGAUCACAGCGCACAUCGAUCUCACACAUCACAUGAUCACAGUGCACAUUGAGCUCACAUGUCACAUGGUCAUAUUGCACAUGGCGCUUACAUGA